CGGGGGCGGAGCUUGCCGCCGGCGGAGGGCGGAACCCACGCGGGGACUUCUCUUGGGCAGAGCUGCGCAGCGGGGUUUUGGCCAAAUUGGGCGAGGGCACAAAGUAACCACUUACCCCUUCUCACCGAGGAGGAACGGGAGAAAGGGUAUGGCACUGUCUCAAGGCUGGGUGAAGAGAUACUUCAAGGCAUUUUGUAAAGGCUUCUUUGUGGCGGUGCCUGUGGCAGUGACUUUCCUGGAUCAGGUUGCCUGUGUGGCAAGAGUGGAAGGAGCAUCAAUGCAGCCUUCUUUGAAUCCUGGGGGGAGCCAGUCAUCUGAUGUGGUGCUUUUGAACCACUGGAAAGUGAGGAAUUUUGAAGUACAACGUGGUGACAUUGUGUCAUUAGUUCUCUAGAUAAGGGCCCAGACCAGCCGGCAGCUUGAUUUUGGCCUUCUGAGACGCUAAGCAGAGUACCCAGCCGAACCUGCCAGACUUCAGUCCUGGAGAACGGUGAGAUUAUAAAUGGCUGUUGUUUUAAUUUUAAACCCCUUUGUUUGUUUUAAUUUGUUAGAGUGGCAAUAGAAAAUUGUGUUAAGCAAUGAAAAGAUACAAACAGUUAUACUACUACUGUUAGAAUGUAUAAGGAGAUGAACUUUUACAGAAGAUUCUUAUUAAGCAUUUGAAAAACACUUUUAUUAAGUUACUUGCCUAACUAAUUAAAAGUUAUUAUUUUCUUUUACAUAAAACAAAUUUGUAAGCCUCUACCUGCCAGUUCCUUGGUGCAAGAAUAUAGGAGUAGGCUUCAGGAAAUCUUACUACUUUCAGCUGUUAUCACUUAUUAACUGGCUGAGUGACCUGGGAGAGGUUUUCUUAACUAUGCUUAGGGUCAAGUCUUAGCACCUGCAAAGUAAGAGGUAUAGACUAGUUGAUUUCUAAGGUCUUUUCCAUUUAAAAAAUUGCAUGAAAAUAGUUUUAGAAUCCAGAUGGAAUUGUUAGAGAGCUGGACAUAAGAAUCAAUCCCUCAGAAUAUUGAAAAAAUAUUGUUCCAUACUUUUGAAGCUGGAGUCAAAUUUGAUUUUUGUAAAGAAGAGAAUGUACCAUGUUGGUACAUUAAACAGAAAUUUUAGAAUAGAUAAGGAGACUUUGAACACCAGAGCUUUUUUAGUCAAAGGGAUCAGAUGAAUAGUGCUUAUUAAGGUUGAAAUUAUUGAAAAUCAAAAAAUUAAAAGUUGACAGGUAUUUUACAAGAGGAUGAGCACAAAAUCCUUUCCUUUCUGUUUAAAAUUAUUCAAAAUAAGAAAGCUAUAGAAAUCUUAUUUCUUUAUCUCUUGUCGUUUAUUCUGGGAGUUGAGUUUUUGGCUCUAAUGGUUAAUCUUGUUCUGGUUAUCUCCAUCUCUUUUGUCAACUUCAGAUGCAUUUCCCACCAGUCAACACUAUGCACUUGUUCUUAGAAAAGAACUGAUCCUAGAUCCCAUAUUCUGUUUCAUAGCUUAGGUCCCGGAAAUGUGGAAGAAAUCUCAAAAUGAAACUUAAAUAUCACCUUAUUUGAUCUAAGGUCAGUAGCUACCUUCCCACUUUUUUUUUUUUUUCCCUUUUACAAAAAAAAAAAAAAAGGCACUGUUUUGGAGAGGGGGUGGCAGUUCUUGGGAAAUGUGUCUGUGGCUGAUAAGAAAAGGAAAGGGCUUAAAGCGAUAGCCCCCAAACUUUAUCAGUGUUUUGGAGUUACGGAAAAUAUUCUUUCCAAGAAGAACAGGAAUACUUUUUUUUUUCUUUUUGGUAAUUGUUUAUUUACAUUAAUGAGACGCCUCAAUGACCCAUUAUUAUGAAAGGUAACUCUGCAUAAUCUAGUGACAGGUUACUCACAUUCGGAGGUCACAUUGAUAUUUACUGAAGGCACAAUAAGUAUAGGUUGCACUUUAUUAAAAAUUGUAUAGCUCUUGAAAUUGCUGACAGAGAGGCUGACUCAGUUUGAUUUGGCUACGGAUAUGAUAAUUGUAAUACGGCUCACUGUGGUUUUUAGAGGUCAUACGUUACAUUGCAAAGAUUUGUGUAUUUGGAUUGCGGGAAAGUUACCGUGGAGUACUAAGACAAUACAAUAGGAAAUACUUAAGUGUGAGUAGUAUGUCUCACAUAAAUUGUACCAUAGAAUUAAAUAUGAAUCAUUAAACUAUUCCAGGUUUAUUAAAAAUUUAUUAUUCUAAAGCAUCUUUAAAGAGCAGUAAGAACUUGAAGAAAUAAUAGGAAAGCUUUGCUAACUGACAGUGUGUUGAGUUGAAAGAAGGUAAAUAAUUUAUUAACAAAAGGCAUACAAAAAGAUUUGUAGUAAAUCAAGGGGGGAGAUCAGUUAAUAAAGAGGCCAGGGAGACCUUCAAGAUGGCGGAAGAGUAAGACGUGGAGAUCACCUGCCUCCCCACAAAUACAUCAGAAAUACAUCUACAUGUGGAACAGCUCCUACAGAACACCUGCUGAACGCUGGCAGAAGACCUCAGACCUCCCAAAAGGCAAGAAACUCCCCACGUACCUGGGUAGGGAAAAAGAAAAAAGAAAAAACAGAGACAAAGGAAUAGGGACGGGACCUGCACCUCUGGGAGGGAGCUGUGAAGGAGGAAAGGUUUCCACACACUAAGAAGCCCCUUUGCGGGCAGAGACUGCAGGUGGCGGAGGGGGAAGCUUCGGAGCCGCGGAGGAGAGCGCAGCAACAGGGGUGCGGAAGGCAAAGUGGAGAGAUUCCCGCACAGAGGAUCAGUGCCGACCAGCACUCACCAGCCCGAGAGGCCUGUCUGCUCACCUGCCGGGGUGGGCGGGGCUGGGAGCUGAGGCUCGGGCUUCAGAGGUCGGAUCCCAGGGAGAGGACUGGGGUUGGCGGCGUGAACACAGCCUGAAGGGGCUAGUGCGCCACAGCUAGCUGGGAGGGAGUCUGGGAAAAGUCUGGACCUAAGAGGCAAGAGACCAUUGUUUCUGGGUGCACGAGGAGAGGGAAUUCAGAGCACCACCUAAACAAGCUCCAGAAACGGGUGCGAGCUGCGGCUAUCAGCGUGGACCGCAGAGACAGGCAUGAGACGCUAAGGCUGCUGCUGCCGCCACCAAGAAGCCUGUGUGUGAGCACAGGUCACUAUCCACACCUCCCCUCCUGGGAGCCUGUGCAGCCUGCCACUGCCAGGGUCCCGCGAUCCAGGGACAACUUCCCCGGGAGAACGCAUGGUGUGCCUCAGGCUGGUGCAACGUCACGCAGGCCUCUGCCGCCGCAGGCUCACCCCGCAUCCAUACCCCUCCCUCCCCCCGGCCUGAGUGAGCCAGAGCCCUGAAUCAGCUGCUCCUUUAACCCCGUCCUGUCUGAGCGAAGAACAGACGCCCUCACGCGACCUACACGCAGAGGCGGGCCCAAAUCCAAAGCUGAACCCCAGGAGCUGUGCGAACAAAGAAGAGAAAGGGAAAUCUCUCCCAGCAGCCUCAGGAGCAGCGGAUUAAAUCUCCACAAUCAACUUGAUGUACCCUGUAUCUGAUCUGUGGAAUACCUGAAGAGACAACGAAUCAUGCGAAAUUGAGGUGGUGGACUUUGGGAGCAAAGAUAUAUAUAUUUCCAUUUUUUCUUUUAGUGAGUGUGUAUGUGUAUGCUGCUUUGUGUGAUUUUGUCUGUAUAGCUUUGAUUUUACAAUUUGUCCUAGGGUUCUGUCUUUUUUUGUAUAGUUUUUAGCGCUUGUUAUAAUUGGUGGAUUUGUUUUUUGGUUUGGUUGCUCUCUUCUUUCUUUUUAAAUUACUUAACAUUUUUUAAUUUUUAAUAUUUUUAAUUUUAAUAACUUUAUUUUAUUUUUUUCGUUCUUUGUUUUUUUCUCACUUUUCUUCUGAGCUGUGUGGCUGACAGGGUCUUGGUGGUCUGGCCGGGCAUCAGGCCUGUGCCUCUGAGGUGGGAGAGCCAAGUUCAGGACAUUGGUCCACCAGAGACCUCCCAGCUCCACGUAAUAUCAAACGGCGAAAAUCUCCCACAGAUCUCCAUCUCAACGCCAAGACCCAGCUCCACUCAACGGCCAGCAAGCUACAGUGCUGGACACCCUAUGGCAAACAACUAGCAAGACUGGAACACAGCCCCAUCCAUUAGCACAGAGGCUGCCUAAAAUCAUAAUAAGGCCACAGACACCCCAACACACACCACCAGACGUGGACCUGCCCACCAGAAAGACAAGAUCCAGCCUCAUCCACCAGAACACAGGCCCCAGCCCCCUCCACCAGGAAGCCUACACAACCCACUGAACCAACCUUAGCUACUGGAGACAGACACCAAAAACAAUGGGAACUAUGAACCUGCAGCCUGUGAAAAGGAGACCCCAAACACAGUAAGUUAAGCAAAAUGAGAAGACAGAAAAACACACAGAAGAUGAAGGAGCAAGGUAAAAACCCACCAGACCUAACAAAUGAAGAGGAAAUAGGCAGUCUACCUGAAAAAGAAUUCAGAGUAAUGAUAGUAAAGAUGAUCCAAAAUCUUGGAAAUAGAAUGGAGAAAAUACAAGAGAUGUUCAACAAGGACCUAGAAGAGCUAAAGAGCAAACAAACAAUGAUGUACAACACAAUAAAUGAAAUUAAAAAUUCUCUAGAAGGGAUCAAUAGCAGAAUAACUGAGACAGAAGAACAGAUAGGUGACCUGGAAGAUAAAAUAGUGGAAAUAACUACAGCAGAGCAGAUUAAAAAACAAGACUGAAAAGAAUUGAGGACAGUCUGAGACACUACAUUCAAAUAAAGUCCUUUUAAGAAACUGGCUAUAAGAUUUAGAGAAUGGACUUGAGGACACGGGGAGAGGGAAGGGUAAGCUGGGAUGAAGUUAGAGAGUGGCAUCGAUAUAUAUACGCUACCAAGUGUAAAAUAGAUAGCUAGAGGGAAGCAGCCGAAUAGCACAGGGAGAUCAGCUCGGUGCUUUUUGACCACCUAGAGGGGUGGGAUAGAGAGGGUGGGA